CCUCCAAAAAAAUCGAACCCUUUUCAAUUCUCGAAAAUCAACCGCCACCAUGUCUGACCAGAUCCAAGAGCUUAUGGACGUUCCGCGCGACUUCAUCCACGACGGCACACAAUUCAUCAACAGAUGCACAAAGCCUGAUAGACGGGAGUUCAUUAAAAUCUCGCAAGCUGUCGGCGUUGGAUUCCUCGUUAUGGGCGCAGUUGGUUACUUGGUCAAGCUGAUACAUAUUCCAGUCAACAACAUUCUGGUAGGAGGAGCAUAGAGGCAGCCCGAGGAGUUGGGGAGAUGGCGUACUGAAGCGGAACGAGCGAAUACCAAACCGAACAUACUUGGAGAUCAAAGUUGAGGCACUCGAUCUUUGACUUUAAUGCCACGAAUGGCAUGUAUUAUACUGGAUGGGCUUUGCGUAGCAUAGCACGGAUUACGGCCGGG